AUGACAAUUAUAAUUUGGUUUGUUUUGGCAGUUGAGGCAUCUGCAACUGAAAUGUAUGUCUUUGUACCCAACAUCCACUGGAUUUUGGUGGAAGACUCUAUAAACAAAACAAAAUUAGUGUCAAAGUUCCUGGCCCACUGUCCAUUAUCUAAUACUCACCUAAAUAUCCCCACUCCACCAGACUACAAGACUACUGAAAAAGAUCCAAAUUGGUUAAAACCUCGAGGAGUACUCCAGCGAAACCUUGGUUUGAAAUGGUUACGAGAGCACUUAAAUAUGUCAGAGGUCAAAGGUGUUGUCUAUUUUGGAGAUGAUGACAAUACAUAUGAUUUGGAACUGUUUGAAGAGAUGCGCUACACCAAGAAAGUAUCUGUGUGGCCUGUUGCAUUGGUGGGUGGUCUGAUGGUUGAACGACCUAUAGUCAAAAGUGGUAAAGUUGUGGGUUGGAACACACUAUGGAAAGCAGAUCGACCAUUUCCUAUUGACAUGGCUGGUUUUGCAGUGAAUGCAACUUUGUUGUUGAAGCACCAGGAAGCAGGAUUCAGUUUAAAAGUUCCAAGAGGAUAUCAGGAAUCCCAUCUUCUAAAACGUUUAGUCAAGAUGGAAGAUUUGGAGCCAAAGGCUAACAAUUGUACAAAGAUUCUUGUUUGGCAUACCAGGACAGAACCACCCAAACUAAAACAGGAACAAAAACUGAAAAUUCCCUCAAACCAAGGUAUAGAAGUCUAACAGUAAAUGCACAUUUGUGGAAAACAAUCACAGUAUACCUUUAACUGGUUUUAUAUAAAAUUACUAUAACCAAUAAGCUAGUUUAUAGUUUUUUAUAUGCUAAUGUAUUUAUGUUUGUAAUAUGAAUGGUUUUUUGCUCAAAGCUUUUUGGGCCAAAAUGUAAUUGUAAUACAGUUGUUCAAAAAAUAUGGAUCACUUUUAUUCUAUUAGUAAUAUUUUACUAUAAAUUUGCAAGCAUAUUUUUAUUAUCUUUAAUAUGCUACAUUUCAUCACUGAAGUUUUGAAAAUUGUUAAUUUCAACAUUAAUUAUAUUUUUCCAAGUCAAAUCAAGUUCGGUCAGGAAUUUAGGUUUAAAAAUCUUUCAAGCCUCAAAAAAAAAAAAUUGGGAGCCUGAAAAACAGCUCUGGGUGGUCAGAAACUUUUGCUUUUCUUCACCCCAAAUUUUUCUGAAUGUAAUAAGCAAUCUAACAUUCAUGAAAUAAAAGUUAAAUUUGCCUUAUUACCAUAAAUAAUACUCACCUAGACUUUUGCAGUACUACAGUAGAAGUAACCCUUUGAUGACAAGAAUGGUAGAUGUAUGUAUAAUCUCUAAUUGCACAUUCACUGUAGUGCUUGCUAUGUUUGCAAUCACAGCCAGCAAAUAUACAAAAUGUUAGAGUAUCCCUAAAAUCUCUUAAAGUGAGUUUGCCUUAGCACUUGCUAUUUUGCAAUUGUGGCUAACAAAUAGAUGUUCUCAAAAACCCAUUUACAGCCAGAAGAGAAGUAGUGCCAACUAUUCAAGUAAAUUCUGACUCGGGUUUCAUUGAAAAUGAUCUGUAGUUUUGGAUAUCAAAUGUAAUGUUGCUACAACUAGUUAUGUAUUUCCAAACAUUUCUAAAUGUGAAUGUAAAUAUAUUUUAAAAUUCACAAGACUAAGGUUCUUGAUCAUUUUAUUUCAAAAAUCAUGUUUAAAGAUACUGAAAAUUAAUUAGUGAAGACAAUUUUCAUUUAUGCCGUAGAAACGGAGAGAAUUAAUAAGAUAUUCCACCAAAAUGCAAUAUUUCUAGUAAGUAUACAUUAUUGUUCACAAUGUGUGUCAGAAAAGAUGGUCUGAACUAGCUGUAAAAAAAAAAAGCAUUUAGAUUUGUUAUAUAUUAUAUGCACCCAUAACUUUCAGAUAAAUUUUUAGAGAAAUGCAUAUUAUGUUCAGAAAAUUAUAGUAUAUCGUUGUAAUAAACAUUUUUGUUAUUUUAGUAUAAAAUGUUUUGGACUGAUAAAAGUUAUUGAACUAUGUACCAAAGAUGGAUUUUAAUCGUGAUUGUCAAAAUAACUUAGUUUCAGCAGUUUGUAUAAGUAUGAGCAGAGGACUAGGUCCAUUUCAUUUUCUAGAUAUUUUGUCUAUGUUGUAUUACAAAAGUUGUAUAUUUAACAAAACUAGUGUGUUUUUUUUACUAACAAUAUUCACCAGUAAGCAGAGAGCAAAUUUGCAAUUUAUAUAUGAGAAUGCUUACUUGUCUUUGUUGGCAAUAAUUAUUUUUUAUUGAGAUCUAAUAAACUAUUGAGUAGGAAUCGAGUUAAUUACCUGAAAAUGAAGUUCUGUGUUGAUUAUAUACAGGUGUUACUUGAAUAUAACUAGCUUUAGAAAGAGAAAUGCAAAACUUACUUUUGUAAAAAAUGUUUAUAAAGUAUGUGAUUUCAGUGAUUUAAAUAGUCUUUUUAUUUUUUUAAAUUCUAAUUUGGAAACUAGUUAAUACUUUUCUUGGAUGGUAGAAUGGUCCUAUUGCAAAAAUUUUGUACUUACCAAUCACUUUGAAAUUUACUUGCUUCUUCUUGUGGUAGAAGAUGAUCAUCCCAUUUGAUGAUUUAGACAUUACCGCAGUUUCUGAAAUUCUUCAAUAAAAUAACAGUCAGGGUU